AUGUCCAACGAAUUAUUAUCCUCGGCUGCAUUUCCUCAAGCUGUUUAUGGAAAUGAAACUUAUCAAAACUAUUCACCCAAAUGGGAUUCUUGGCCUAUUAUUGUUGCAGCUAUUCCAAUUUUUUAUAUGAUUCCAACACUUUUUGUAAUUGUUCGAAUUAUUCAUGUCUAUUGGAAAUCUUUAGUCUCCCCAAAACAAGUACCUAUCAACCAGCACAUUUUUCUGGUUUUGUCAUUAGCACAAGUUAUGAGUUUCCUAUUCUUCAUUGCCGACUACAUGAUGCUCCGUCUUCCAGCCACCGGAUUCUUCACGUCAUAUUGUGCCACCGUAUACCCAAAUCAGUAUCUGAAACUCAUAUUCUUCUUCACUUUUUACUUUAAUUAUUCUGCUAUGAUAUUUCCAUUUCUUCUGUGUUUUCUUCGAUUGAUUCUAAUGAUUUUUCCGAACACCCAUCAAAAAAUAAACACUCCCCUCUUGGCGAUUUGUGUGCCUGCUGCUCUUAUCUACCCAAUCUGUUUUACAUUUUUCUUGAUCCCUGCAGUUGGUUACUGUAGACAGUUGAGCGGUCCGUACCCAUUUGGAUCUGUUUCGAUCUACUAUUCUGGUGGUGCUUUUGGAAUGAGAAACUCCAUAUUCCACCUGAUAAAUACAGUGUUCUGGAUGGGAUCGUGUCUUCUCGUCAACAUUGUGUUAUUCUUCAAGUUGAGGAAUGCAAUUAUAGCAGCCACACAGGGAACAUCUAAAAGUUCCAGAAGUCGGAAAGCUGAAAUUUCGUUAACGGCGACUACGGUAGCCAUGAUAAUGCCAUACCUAACUUAUUGUAUAUUUACGAUACUGUAUCUCCAAGUUCCCGCCUACACCUAUUAUAUGAUGAUCAUCCGACCGUUUGGAAACGAUUGUGAAACUGUAAUAGUCCCAUGGAUAUUUUAUUUAACCCAUCCAGUAUUCAAAACUCGCGAUGGUUCUGUCAUCUCGAUUACUGUAAUCAAUUCUUCUUCUGCUCUCCGAAAAGAGAGAGCUUCUGUUAUGCCAACAAAAGUCAAUGUUUUAUAA